UGAUUACCCACCUCCCUCAUCAACCCACCAACCAGAAAACCUUCAAAUCUAAGAAAUCUUUUGAAAACAGCAUCAUAAACUUCUUACCCACUCAUUCAUUCCAACCUAUCUCUCUUCUUGCUUCUUUUGUGCUAGUGAUUCCCUUCGGUUUGAGAUGAUAUCGGGCUCUCGAUUCUGGGUUUUGGCUCUUUUCGUGGCGAUAGUGGUGGUUUCGGUGGUAGGUGAUGAAUGCAAUGAAGACAUCAAUAGUAUUCUUCCUCUUCCAUAUGCUAAUAUGACACAUAUGGUGUGUAAACCGAUAUGGAAUUCGUAUGUUAUUCGAUUCUCGCAGAGCAAAGACCAUGUUGUGACAAUUGUAUUAUCAGCAAUGUAUACAAGUGGAUAUGUUGCAAUGGGGUUCUCAAGGGACGGUAUGAUGCUAAACUCGAGUGCUAUGGUUGGCUGGAUUACCCGAAAGGGUACUCCAGUAAUUAAACAAUACUACGCCGAGGGCUUUAGCCCCUCGCAAGUAAAACAUGAUAAGGGCGAGUUACCCUUAACAAGUAUUCCCCCUUUUGUCACGGUUUAUGGUGGCAAUAUCCACUUGGCAUAUCAACUCAAGUACCCGAGUCAACUCAAAAGUCAACCCAUCUUAUUAGCAUUCUCUAGCAAGUACCCGGAGCACCACCUUCUAUCGGUUCACGACGACAAGACAACUAUCCACUUGGAUUUCUCCCAAGGUUCUUCAGGGUCAAAAUCGAAUUCAAUUACGCCCUCUAACAAUCUCCACCGUUCAAAAACGACCCAUGGAGCAUUGGGUUUACUCGGGUGGGGCAUAAUCUUGCCAUAUGGGGCUAUUGUUGCUAGAUACUUCAAGCACAAGGAACCGUUAUGGUAUUACUUGCACGUCGGCUUUCAGUUUGUCGGGUUCAUAUUUGCAGUCGCCGCAGGAUUUGUCGGAUUAAACAUGUAUAACAAGUUUAAUUUCCAUGCACCAGCACACAAAGGUUUAGGGAUAACCGCCAUCGUGCUCAGUGUCCUCCAGGUUAUGGCAUUCUUCAUAAGACCUGAAAAGGACAGCAAGCACAGGAAGUACUGGAACUGGUACCAUCAUUAUGUUGGAAGAAUUGCUCUAUUUUUCGGAUGUCUGAAUAUACUUCUAGGAAUACAACUUGCUGAUGCAGGGAGUUCAUGGAAGAUCGGUUACGGGUUCGUUCUUGCUUCGAUCAUACUUACUUCAAUUGUCCUAGAAGUUUUGAAGCUGAAAGAACCCAACAAGUUUCCUCCAAAUCCAUCAUUCCCAUUGGAUCCUGUCCAGUAGAGGUUAAAGAUUGUUGAAGAAGAGAGUUUUGUACAGAUAGACAGAAGAUUGGUAUUGGUUGGAUUCAUGUUGUAUUUGAUGUUAUCAGGUAUACUAUACCCCGUGAGGAUGUGAUAUACUUGUUUUUUGAGUGAUUGGAAGUAAUUUUGGUGGGUUUUUUUUUUUUUUUGUCUGUUUUAAAGUUUACAACUUAUGAAGUUUAUAUCUUAGUUACCAAAUGGCUUUUAGCCUA